CAAGAACCCCUCCUGCAGAUUUACUUCAGUGGUUCAGGCAGAAAGAAGGGAGUUUUAUCACUUGUACUCUUCCUUAAAUUUUGCAUUUCAUGCCCAUUCAUUCAUUGGAAUCCCAGAGGUCACUAACUGGAGGAUAUCUCUGGGAUUGUGUGUCUGUGUUUUAUUUUAAUUGACGAAAGCACUCGUGGUCUGUUAUUUUUAAAAUAUAUAUAUAUAGUUUAUUUUUAAAUUGUUAUCUUACCUUUGCCAUAAGUCUGCCCGGAAGAAGUUUCUAUCGCCCUCCGUCUCUCCCAGCGGUUCGAUUGGGAUCGUGUGCCGCCUUUCAGCGUUCCCUGCCCGGAUCAGGAUGAUUGGUUACAACAAGAAAUUUAGCGCAACAUAUAAAAGGCACGCCUGAGUGGGGCAUUAAAACAGAAAAAACAAAGAACUGCAGUUCCUGGAAAUCGGAAACAAAACAGCAAUUGCUGAAAACCUCUGGCAGCAUCUGAGAAGAGAAGAUACCUUGUCUCCAUUUCUCAGUCAGUCUCACGGCUCAGUUUGAAAGAUGAAGCUCCCUCUGGCAAUUGGUUUAGUCCUGAUAAUGGAAGUUCUCUUGAUGGAUGGGAUUCAUGCAGCCAAAAGAAGACAAAUGAAGCUAAGGGACAGAAUGAUUGCAGAUAGAAAGUGUACGACAGGUCCCAUGGAUCUGCUGUUUAUUAUUGACAGUUCCAGGAGUGUCCGCCCUUUUGAGUUCGAGCUGAUGAGGAACUUUGUGAUUGACAUGAUCAAUUUCCUGAAUGUGGGACCUGAUGCUGCCAGGAUUGCUAUGAUCCAGUACUCCAGCCAGAUCCAGAAUAUCUUCUCCUUCAAGACCUUCCAGAAGAAAGCUGACAUGAUCAAGAGUAUCAAGGAGGUGAUCCCAUUGGCCCAGGGCACAAUGACCGGCUUAGCCAUCAAGUACGCCAUGAGCAUCGCUUUCACUGAGAAAGAGGGUGCGCGUCCCCUGGUGCAGAAAAUCCCAAGAGUUGCCAUCAUUAUAACAGAUGGGAGGCCCCAGGACCGGGUCACCGAGGUAGCAGCAGAGGCUCGGGCGUCUGGUAUUGAGAUCUAUGCCGUCGGGGUGCAGAGAGCAGAGAUGUCCUCCCUCAGAGCCAUGGCCUCUUUGCCACAUGAGGAACACGUCUUCCUGGUUGAGACCUUUGACCUGAUUAAUCAAUUUGCGAAGACCUUCAAGGACAAGCUAUGUUCUCAAGACCUGUGUGCUAAUGCAAAUCAUGGCUGUGAACAAAUCUGUACCAGCACACCUGGAUCCUUCCGCUGUGCAUGCCGUGAGGGCUAUGUGCUGAACCCAGACAAGAAGACGUGCACAGCUAUUGACCUCUGCUCCUAUGGAGACCAUGACUGUGAGCAGAUAUGCGUCAGCUCUCCAGGUUCAUACAAGUGUAGUUGUCGUGAGGGCUUCACGCUGAACCCAGACAAGAAGACUUGCAGUGCUGUCAACCACUGUGCCCUGGGAGAUCAUGGUUGUGAACAUAUCUGUGUAAGUACGCCUGGAUCCUACCACUGCCGCUGUCGACCUGGGUACACUCUUAAUCAGGACAAGAAGACUUGCUCUGCCAUCAACUUCUGCUCACUGGGAGAUCAUGGCUGUGAGCACAUCUGCGUGAGCACCCCUGGGUCAUAUAAGUGCCGUUGCCGACCAGGAUACACCCUCAACCAGGACAAGAAGACCUGUACCAUGGUGAACUAUUGUUCAUUUGGGAACCACAGCUGCCAACAUGAAUGUGUCAGCAUUCUGAAUGGAUACUACUGCACAUGCCAGGAUGGAUUUGAACUGCAGGAUGAUGGGAAAACAUGUAAAGCUGUUGACAUGUGUAACACGGUGGAACAUGGGUGUGAGUUUGAGUGUGUCAGCACCCCUGGGUCAUACUUCUGCAUCUGCCCUGCAGGGAGGCAACUCAAUGAGGAUGGGAAGACCUGUAACAGAUGCAGUAAGGAAAACAUUGACCUGGUCUUUGUCAUUGAUGGUUCCAAAAGUGUGCGACCCGAGAACUUUGAACUGGUGAAGAAGUUUGUGAACAACAUUGUAGAUGCCUUGGAUAUCUCCAGCCAGGGGACCCGUGUUGGCUUGGUGCAGUAUUCCAGCCGUGUGCGCACCGAGAUUCCGCUGGGUGCGCACACAUCCGCUGUGGCUUUGAAGAAGGCAGUGAACAAUGUGGUGUACAUGGAGAAGGGCACCAUGACUGGACUUGCUCUCAAACACAUGAUGGAGAACGUCUUCAUUGAAGCAGGAGGUGCCAGGCCUGGGUCUCAGGGCCUGCCUAGGGUAGGCGUUGUAUUCACUGAUGGCCGUUCUCAAGACAGCAUCACCGAGUGGGCCAAAAGGGCCAAAGAUGCUGGGAUCACCAUGUAUGCUGUUGGUGUCGGUAAGGCAGUGGAGGAUGAACUGCGAGAAAUUGCCUCAGAACCAGUGGAUCAACACUUCUUCUAUGCUUCAGAUUUUAGCAUCAUCGAUCAAAUCGCUGAGAAUCUAAAAGUGAACAUUUGUGAGGAGGAAGUGACUGGGCAGGAGACGAUUAAAGAUCCUUGUGCUUGUGAAACCCUUGUAGCAUUCCAACAAGACACACUAUCGUUGUUAGAAGAAUUCUCUCAAAAACUGGCCCAGAUGACAGAAAAGCUGGACGAUUUGGAAAACAGGUUGCCAAAAGCAGUGAAAUAAAAUGUGAACGGAAAACUCACCACCAUCAUUGCACCAUCCGAGGUGUUACUGCGUCGCUAAAGUUAUUUUAGCUUUUUGUGUAAUUGUCUUAUUUUCUGGGCGUUUUUUUUUAAUAAGAGAAGAUAUUCAUUUAGGAUGCAAAUUUCCACUGCUUUGAGCGACCUAACAGCGAAAGACCAGUUUUAUAAGAUCAUUUUACAAGAUGUAUAUCUUUCCACUUUUUAUAUUAAACUUGUGCAUGGAGUAAGAACUCCCAAUAUUUUGUUUAAAAACAUAGGUGUCUAAAGCUGCACGUUAUUUAAAAGGAAUGAAUAAACUUCAGCGUGUCAGUGUGGGCAACCCUGAACCGUUGACGGAGGGUAAUGGAAAUACUCAGAGUUUUGUCCGCAAACUUGUUUUAAGGCCGCUGAAGAGGGAAAGGAAGGACUGGUGGGAAACAAAACUGAAAAUGCACAGGAGACAUGAACAGAUUCUCAUUGGGAACAACUGGUGAUAGGUUAAUCAAACUGAGUGACAGUGAAAGAACAAAUAACCCUGCCCCAUAACAGUGCCUAGGACCCAAACAAGUCUCAUCCAUCAGCCCUAUCCCAACCUCACCACCUUCUAGAUUAGGCUAAACAUGAAACACAGUGAAAACUCACAGCGAAUAAACAGGAACAAAUUCUGCUAAAAUUCCUCUCCAGUCUGCUUUAGAGAAUGACAGCCAUAGACCCAGUGUUACCUAGAACAGCACUCACCUUCUACAUCAUAUGAUCUCUGCCCCAGCUCUCUCUCAAAGUUUUGCUCAGCACCAACAAUGUGCACUUCUAUAAUUCCUUUAAGGUUGGUUAAAAACUCAACAUGAUAAUAGCAAAAAUAGGAGCAUGAGUUAAGUUAUUCAGUCCCUCAAGCUUGUUCUGCCUCAAAGCAGAAUUAUAUUUACUCAACUUUCCCACACUGUCCACAAUUAAUUACCUUACUAUCCAAACAUCUACUGGUCUCAGUCUUUAAAAUGACUGAGCAUCUACUGCCUUCUGAGGGGUGAAGAACACCAAUGAUUCACAAAUCUUUUGAUAAAAUUCUCCACAUCUCAGUCCAGAAGUAUCAACCUCCUUAAUAUGAAACUGUGAUCCCGUACUAAACUUCUCAGCUAAUAGAAACAUCUUCUCAGCACCCACAUUGACUUUCCCCUUAAGAUCUUUAUGUGCUUCAAUGCAGUUACGUCUCAUUCUUCUACAGUUUUGGUAUUAUAGGCCCAGUCAGUUUUCACAUAUAUGCCGGUAACAUCCGGCUCUACCUCACAAUCACCUAUCUCAGUCCCUCCACUUCUACUAAAUUGCUUUCUCACAGGGCAAUAAGGAAUGAGUCAAGUGGCAUUUCAUUGCACAUCCUCUGAUGCAAGUCCAGUAUAUCCUUCCGUGGUAGAGAGAUGUGGGUAGAGAAGUUGUAAACAGAUGAAGGGUUUAUCUCUGAAACACCAGAUAUUCCUGUUUCCUUUCCUCAGGAUAGCUGACAGGUUCAUUGUGCAUUUUCUGUUUUUGCCACUGUUUUCAGAUGCAUGAUUGGCCACCAGUUAAUGACAUGUGUAUGUGGUUAGUCUGAUGGACACAUAGGGGAUUUGAGUUCUUUUAACAUUGGAGAUGUGUGAAGUGUCAAAAUAUAUAUCAAAUUGCCCACCCAUCAUGUGCCACACCAGAUUUAUAUUCCCAUUGGCAACCUCAGAUGGAACAAUUGGAUAAUUGGAUUUUGGUCAUUUUACACCAUUGGUCAAGAUGGUUUAUUGCUCUGGUGUGAACUGUCGAAUUGAGACAAAUUUCUGAGGGAUCUUGUGGUGCAGAGGGAGUGUCCCAUCCCUGCUCCAGAAAUGCUUCAUCAUCAACUCUGAACAGGUUGAUUAAAACUAUCUAUUCCAUCAGCCAAUGUUAAAAUUACCCCUAUCAAAUGCAAUAUAAAAUGUACAGAGGGUUCCUGUAACAGGAACAAACAAAAAUCACAGAAAUCUAUGAUAGGACUUAUUAUAACUUUUAUGAAUAAUAAAGUCAACCUAUUUCAUUAAAUAAAAAAAGUGCAAUAAGCAAAACAAAUGUUUUCUCCCAUUGACAAUCGCAUCAGUUACCAGCUCAGGUUUGGGUUUAGUUAUUUGUCAGAAAUUAUUUGCAGGAGUUUGUGUUCUUUUCCCCAUGGAGAGCAUAAUUUUCAGAGGUUUUCAGUGAUUCCAUUGGGUGUAAAGUACCAAAGCAGAAAAUGUCGACCAGAGUUUGUGUGCAUAUGUUUCUGUGUAUGUGUGUGUGUGUCUGUGUGUGCGCGCGCCUCUGGUGUUACGUCACCUGAUCAUCUGCCCCAUUCCUCAACUAUGUGCUGCCUCUUAGUGACCCUGACUGAAAUCAGUGUCAGCUUUCAAUAUUUCCUCUGGUGACACUAAGUGCUACCUAGCCACUAAUUUACUCAACUCCUCCACUCUUACUGAAUUAACUGACCUGUCAGACCACAGCCAAUACUGGAUCAGCUGAAAUGGUCACCCAUUAAUUCUUGGGAAGUUUGAAACCAUUGUUGUCAGUCCCCACUCAAACGCUGUUCCCCAGCUGUCAACUCUAUCCCUCUCCCAGGCAACACGUUGAGAAUAAGCCAGUCUGUUUGACUGAUCCAGGGCUGAGCAUCUGACAUCAUGCACAUGCCACUACCAACUAUUUUAUCUUCCAGAAUAUCAACCAAUUUCGUGUAUCUCAAUGAUCUGCUGAAACUUCAUUCACACUUUCAUCAUCUCGAAUCUCAAUUUAUUUAACACAGUCCUGGUCUGCCACGGUCUGACCUCCGUAAACUCGAGGUUACCCAAAACUCUGCUUUAUCUUAACUUACACCAAGUGCUGUUUCCUGGUGCUCGCCAACUCUGCUUUCUGUUCAAUUGGUGUGAGUUUAUCUUAAUGUGGCAAUAUUU